AUGAGCAGCGGCAUUCACCGAAAGCGUCUGGCGUGUGUCGAAUGUACGCGUCGCAAAGUGAAAUGUGACAAGAUCCUCCCAUGCCGCAACUGCGCCAGGAAAGGAACUCAAUGCACUCGGCCGCGCGAGCGGGACUCUCCGAACCCGAGCGUGGGUCAACCCGAGGGACGAGCUGAGCGAGCUAUACUGGCACGGCCGAGUACAGACGCCCUGGGAAUCAUUGAAAGGCUUCAGACGAGAAUUUCACAGCUCGAAUAUGCGCUCAGAGAGGCCAACGAGUCAAUAAUCCGGUCGCGUUCGUCGGAGGUAGAUACUCAAUUACACGGCGCUUCCUUCUCCUCGACCGAAUCAAUCGCAGUCGAGCGAUCACCGAUUUCAGUGCAGCACUCUGCCCACACUGAGUCAGAUGCUACUCCGAAAGAGGUGGAAGAUGCCGCAACAAUACUUGAAUUCCUGGCCUGGGGCCGCCGCAAAGAUCCUACUUACCAGGAUGAGAUUGUGAGGCGUAAUAAUCUCAAUCACUCCCCUGGGGAUGUUCCCGCGGAGGAUGAAUGGGAAGAUAUUCGCAUGCCAGGACGCUCGGCUGCUGCCCUUUGCCAGGCGCUACUUCCGAUGAAACAUAAGGUCUAUCAGCUGGCUAAAUAUCACUGCGAGUGCCUGCUUUGGUAUCAUGGAGCAUUUCAUGCCGCUACGUUCCUGCAAGAACUAGACGAGUUUUAUGACAAGAAAGACGGUCAGGUGGAGGGCUCUGGCGUCAAUCUACAAUGGAUCUCUUUUUUGUUCGCAGUCCUCACGGGAUCAAUGGCUUGUGCACCAAGUACCACUGCUCAGGCGUGGGGGUUUCGCGGUCGAGAGCGAGAUACCUUGUCUAAGCGGUGGAUGAAAGCUUCAAUCGCAUGUCUACAUCAGGCUGACUAUAUGGCCAAUCACUCUAUCUACUCAGUUGAAGCCAUCGCCUGCCUCACGAUCUCAGCCCAUAUGCUUGGCCAUUCGAAUGGAUUCUCGGUGCUUUUAGCGUCGGCUGUCCGGAUCGCCCAAGGGAUUGGGCUGCAUCAACUUGAUACCGAUGAUGAUCAUCAGUCCGUAACCUCGGUCAAGCAAGAGAUCGGUCGCCGCAUUUGGUGCCAACUAUGCAUCCAGGAUUGGUUUUCUAUCCCAUUUAGCGAAAGCUAUUUAAUCCAUCGCUCGUGUUUCACUACAGAAACUCCACAGAACUGUGACGAUGAUCUGAACACCCUCUCAGAUGAUCAGCCUACUGUGACGGGCUACUCACGCCUAUUUUACAAAAUUGCUGCUCUGAUGCCAGACCUUCAGGACGAUGUAACGUCUUGCAACACUCUCUACACACGGUACGAAAAGGUGCUUAAGUAUGAUCGCCGACUGCGCACCUUGGCCACCCAACACUUGCCAUCCUACUUGCAAAACAUUCCUUUGGAUCCAUCUUGGCCAUGCUACGUGCCAUGGGCCCGACGGAGCUUAGCCAUCAGCUCCGCUCAUAAGGUGAUCAUGAUCCACAGGAAGUUUCUGAGUCUGAGCUUUGUCAAUCCAAUGUUUGAGUUUACCCGAAAAACGUGCGUGGCGGCAUCAAGGACUAUCAUCAAAGAACAAAAGGAAGCUACACGGAAUGGCGGGCCUAUCCUAUGGAUACACCAGGCAUUCAGCGUCACUGCAAGUAUAUGUUCCAUCAGCCGGUAUCGGAUCGCCAGUCUUCUGAGCAUCGGCAGUUGA